AUGGACUUCGACGCUAUCCUAGAAGAUGUGGGUGUCUUCGGCCGUUAUCAGAAAUUGGUGAUUUACCUGAUACUGCUGCCAGCUGUCAUCCCGUGCGGAUUCCAUGCGUACGCACAGCUCUUCAUGUCAGCUAAUGUGGAUCAUUGGUGCCGAGUUCCGGAACUGGAGCAUAUUUCUGAUUUGGGAAUAGUCAAGAAUUUAAGCAUACCAAUGGAACUAAGGAAUGGUAACCACCAAUAUUCCGAGUGCAACAUGUACAACUUAAAUUAUAGCGACAUCAUAAAGAAUUAUGAAAGUCUCGCUGAAGCGGUCACAAAAGUAACACCCAGCAACGUUGUGGCAUGUAGGAAUGGUUGGAAUUAUGACAAAAGCGUAUACAGGAACACAAUCGUAUCUGAAUGGAACUUAGUUUGCCACAAAGAUUUCUACCCAACCCUUGGUUUAGUGCUUCUAGCAGUCGGAGGCAUCAUAGGCAAUUACAUCUUCGGCUACCUCCAAGACACAAUUGGAAGAAAACCAUCGUUCUUCAUUUACCUUCUAAUAGAAUGUGUAUUUGGUGUUGCCACUGCUUUCGCUCAAAACUACGUGGUGUGGACCAUCUACAGAGUGGGUGUUGGGUUUACUGUACCGGCUAUCAUGGCCACACCUUAUGUCUUGGCGAUAGAACUGGUUGGUCCUCGCUGCCGAACUCUAUGCACCAUUUUAUCUAACAUUGCGUAUUCCAUGGGCUUGAUACUACUCGCUGGCGUCGUAUACUUCGUGAGGAAUUGGCGCCACCUAGCGUUAACUACUACUUUGCCCUUCGUUUGUUUUUUCCUGUACAUGUGGGCCAUGCCAGAGAGCCCUCGAUGGUUAUUAGCAAGAGGCAGAUUCGAAGAAGCCGAAAUAAUAUUGAAGAAUAUGGCAAGAAUCAACGGGAAAUCCUUACCGGCCAACUAUAUGGUACAUCUUCGCCGCAAAUAUGAAACAGACAAACUAAAACAGGAUAUAGAAAAGGAGAAGACGCGUAAAUAUGGCAUUCUGGACCUAUUCCGUACACCCAACUUGAGAAAGAAGACAAUUAUCAUAACUUUCAUCUGGUUCACAAACACCAGCGUUUAUGUUGGUCUGUCGUAUUAUGCACCUGUUCUUGGAGGCGAUGAAUUUUUGAACUUUUUCCUAGCAGGCAUCGUGGAAUUGCCCACCUAUUUGUUCCUAUGGCCUUCGAUGGAGAGACUUGGAAGGAGGUGGACGCUUUGCAUGAGUAUGGUUGUUGGUGGUAUAGCCUGCUUGACCACGUUUUUGGUUCAACAUGAAACCAACGUCACUCUUGCGUUGUACUGCGUCGGAAAGAUGGGCAUAUCAUCUUCAUUCGUGGUGUUACCACUGAUGGCGUCAGAACUGUACCCGACAGUGGUGAGGGGGCUCGGAAUGAGCCUCAGUUCUGUACUCGGCAUGCUGGGUCCUAUCUUCAUACCACUCGUUAAUUACUUGGGAGCCGACAUCAUGGUUUUGCCACUUAUUAUUAUGGGAGCCUUGUUGGUGGCCGGAGGCGUAGCUAGCUUACUUCUUCCAGAGACGUUAAACCAGCAUUUACCGCAGACUUUAGAAGACGGCGAGAAAAUGGGUCUUGAUACUGAUUUUUGCUGUAGUCCACCAGUGAAAGAAACUAAACUGUCGACUAGCUUGAAAUUAAAGGAAACAACGUUAAAGAUAAAUCAAGAGUAUUGUAAUACUUGCAACACUUUAUGCACUUGUCAAUUGAUUAAUGUUCCAUUAGUUGAAAAUGUUACUGCUAUAACUGAAAAGUAA